UCGGCACUCCCCAGCUGAACCAUACAUACAGUAAAUAAUGGCACGGUUUCCCAGCUUGCUCCGCCUCUGCGGCGCGCUGCUAGCGCUCGUGGCCACCGCCAUCGUCCAUGCCGCGGCGGCCGCUCGAGGGGAAGCUGCCGUGGCGGCUCGGCACGAAGAGUGGAUGGCCAAGUUCGGGCGCGUGUACACGGACGCCCAGGAGAAGGCACGGCGGCAGGAGGUGUUCGGGGCCAACGCGCGUUACGUGGACGCCGUGAACCGGGCGGGCAACCGCACGUACACGCUCGGGCUCAACAAGUUCUCCGACCUCACCGAUGACGAGUUCGUGCAGACGCACCUCGGGUACCGGGGCCACCAGCAGGGCGGGCUUCGUCCCGAGGAGGAGAACGUGUCGAAGGUUGCUGCUCUGGGUUAUGGCCAGGCCGACAUGCCGGAGAGCGUGGACUGGAGGGCCCAGGGCGCCGUCACCGGAGUCAAGAACCAGGGCUCUUGCGGGUGUUGCUGGGCGUUCGCGGCAGUGGCGGCGACGGAGGGGCUCGUCAAAAUCGCCACCGGCAACCUGAUCUCCAUGUCGGAACAGCAGGUGCUCGACUGCACGGGCCAGUCCCCUGGCAUGGGCAACACCAACACCUGCGACGGUGGCCACAUCGACGACGCGCUCCGCUACGUGGCCGCGAGCCGCGGCUUGCAGCCGGAGGCAGCCUACGCGUACACCGGCCUGCAGGGCGCGUGCCAGAGCGGCUUCACGCCCAACUCGGCCGCCUCAUUUGGCGAACCCCAGACGGUGACUCUGCAGGGCGACGAAGGCAGGCUGCAGGGCCUCGUGGCCGGCCAGCCGAUAGCCGUAAGCGUGGAGGCUUCGGACGACUUCCGGCACUACAUGAGCGGCGUGUUCACGGCCGGGACCUCGUCGUGCGGGCAGAGGCUGAACCACGCCGUGACGGUGGUGGGCUAUGGGUCUGCGGACGGCGGGCAGGAGUACUGGCUGGUGAAGAACCAGUGGGGGACGUCGUGGGGCGAGGGUGGCUACAUGCGCAUCGCGCGUGGGAACGGCGCCCCCAACUGCGGCAUCUCCGCCUAUGCCUACUACCCAACCAUGGGCAACUGAACAGUACUUAGCUUGUUAAAUCAAUCGGUCUAUCCAUUGUUGCAUCGUAGAGUUUAAUCACGUUAUUACCAUGAAUAAAUGGGAGGGGUUUCCCUCCUUUUCGAGGAAAAAACCAUGCUAAUAGAUGUGCUAUGUGUUAUAUGGAUUCUCAAUAACGAGAUUUCUAAACAAUUAUAUUUAUUUUA